CGCGCAGGCGCCGGCAUGUGGGCGGCGGGCGGGCGGGCGGCGCUGGCGCUGGGCCUGGCGCUGGCGGCGGGGGCGGCGGCGCUGGCGCUGGGGCUGGGGCGGGCGCUGGCGGCGCGGCGGCGGGCGCGGCGGGAGGUGCUGUUCUUCCCCUCGCCGCCGCGCUGCACCGAGGCCCUGCUGGCCCAGGCGGAGGCGCCCGGCGCGGCGCCCCGGCCGUGCCCCUGCCCGCUGCCGCACGGCGAGAGCUCGCUGGGCCGCCUGCUGCGGCACCUGCUCUCGGCCCGCCGCUCGCUCGACCUCUGCCUCUUCGCCUUCUCCAGCCCGCAGCUGGGCCGCGCCGUGCGGCUGCUGCACCGCCGCGGCGUGCGGGUCCGUGUCCUCACCGACGCGCAGUACAUGGCGCUGCGGGGCUCGCAGAUCGGGCCGCUGCGCCUCGCCGGGAUCCCGGUGCGCCACGACCAGGAGAGCGGCUACAUGCACCACAAGUUCGCCGUGGUGGACGGGCGGCUGCUCAUCACGGGCUCCCUCAACUGGACCACCCAGGCUAUCCAGAACAACCGGGAGAACGUGCUGGUCACCGACGACGCCGAGUACGUGACGGCUUUUCUGGAUGAGUUUGAGAGGAUUUGGGAAGAGUACAACCCCGCCAACUACGCCUUUUUUCCCCAAGGUCAUAAGUGAUGGAGCCGCCUCAGGGGGCUGGCGGCAGCCCUGCCUCAGCCGUCAGUGUUCACGGUGUUCUGUGUGUCGGUGCUGUUGUAUCAGCCCCAGUUUCGGCGAGCUCCCCCCAGGAGGGGUGUCCCGUGCCCUGCAGUGCCCCAGGGGCCUUCCUGUGGGUUAUUCCCAUGCUAGAGGAAUGACCCAGCUGCCUGGCGACCUGUUUUGUGAGGAUAGUUGCGAUACAACUGCGUUCGUAGGGCUUGAAACCCUGGGCAGGCUCCCCGCUGCGCCCCGGCACAGGUGUGUACGUCCAUAUCAGUGCUGGGCACGUUUCAGCGGUGAAAUGGAUGUUUCCCACUUUGGGAUCCUGCAGGCCCAGUGGCUCUUCCACCUCCACAGCCAAAGGAAGAGUCAGGAGGGCUACAGCAAAGCCAGAGUCUGUACAGGGAGGUUAAGCGCCUUAUGUUUCUUAUGUUGGCAUUAAUUGUUGAUUUUAAAAGUUUGUAAAAGGAAAUUUCUGGAAAUUUCUGGAAAGUAGGAAGGCAGAAAACAAGUACGUUUUGACUGUGUACACAUUUCCUUUGGCUUGAGAUUAGCAGAGCUCCAGUGUAAAAGCAUGAGAACAGAUCCUGACAGCUCGUGUUCCAGCAAGCAGGCAUAGGGAGUCUGGAAAGGAACAAAACUGUUCUGGGGAUCAGUCGGGCUUGUCUUCAGAGCAGACGCAGCAGCAGUUGGGUCCCCAGCGUCACAGCCGAGUGGUAGAAGGAAACCCCGGUGUAUUCAGGUGGUGGGACACCGUGUCCUCUGGUUUGGUGACUUUGCCCGCCUGUGCUGGGCAGCAGGUUGGGGACAGCAAGUGAAUGUGUCUACAGGUCAGGGUGGAACAAAGAUGGGUGUAAGCUUAAGCAUUUCAAAACUAAAUAGCAUCUGUGUAAGAAUUACUUUAUCCUGAAUAUACAGUGUCUCAAAAGCUCGCAAAAUGAAAAAAGGUCUUGAUGUUUUUGUUACCAGGUUUGCUCGAUACAGUAGUGCUGCGAUUGGCACUACUAAAUAAACCAUUUCCACAGAA